UUGGGUUUCUCUCCGCCAUGAGAGUCCUCCUCUUCUCCCACCUCCGACAAAGCCCUCGAGUCCUCCUCGCUCGAUUCCCGUCCAUUUCCCAUCCCCCGCCCUCUCCUCCUCUCCCUUCUCCUCCGAUUCGAUCCCUCCAUGGCCUCCUUUCGGCCCCCAAUUACCCCUUCCCGGAUCCUCCUCCAUUCGACCCCCCCAAUUGCUUCCGAAUAGGAGGAGGAAGACGCCGUCCUUUCUCGCUUCGUCAGGGCGAUCGCGGCAAAGAGACCCUAGACGCGAUGCUGCUCUUCAUGAAGCUUGCUUAUGGAUGCCAUCGAGGCGAGCUUUUAUUUGUAGCUGCGGAAUGAGUAAGAGAGGCAGAGGAGAUGUUGGUUGUAACUGGUGUUUUGCUGAUGAUCUCAACAUCAGCAUAUUUCUUCUUUGAAAGGAGCGGGAGAUGUGAACUUAGUUCGCCAGGAUUAUAGAGAUGACGUCACGGAUAAGCAUAUUAAUCCUUGUCUCAUCUGCAAGAAGGAUUUCGGAUUCGUGAGAAAUCUUUUGCAUUACGAAUAUUUGGUAUUAUUCGUAGACUUGAAUCCAGUCACAGCCCUCCGAGACCAAGACUGCAUAUCCAGGAAGAUGACAGGAAGAGACCUCGGAAAAGAAAUAGUUUGAGAGACCUCUUUCCGAUAAGCCCUGCUGAAAGGAAGAUGACACAAAUUGUGACAGGGUAAAAGAUGCAUCCACAGAACGUAGAAUGGAGGCAGUGAAGGUUAAAACUUGGCCAAAUUUGGGUCGACAAUUUAGAUCUAUCUUGCCAUUCUUGAGGUCAACUAAACGAAGUUUUUCUCCAAGGAUCCAAAGCACGAUUGUUAUCCAUCAUUCCUCAAGAUUCCAAAUAAUAUUUAAAGUCUCCAUUCUGGAAUCUGAUAUCCAAGGUUUAAAUAAUUUGGGUAAGGGUUAUUGUGGGCUAGGACUUAAAAUUCUCAUGCCAGACGUACUUCAAGCUGAAAGAUUGGAUCGAGCCACUUUGAUUUCACCUCUCAACAAGAAAAGAUAAACCUACGAGGAAAGGAAGUGCCGACAGUAUAUGCCAUGGGUGCUUUAGCAAGCCACGAUAGAAGGAACCUUUCUCCCAAGCAAGAAUUUUUCCCUUUCAGAAAUAUAUUGCGGGAGUUUCCCUCGAGCGGUUACUUGGAUAUACCUAUCUUAAAACCCAAAUCUCAGAAGAAUCAGAUGCAAACUUAGCAGAACAGGAAUCCUCGACGUAGCCAUGGCCAAUCAACCUGGAAGGCGGCAGCCAUUUCGCUUCUGGCACUGGGUCAGGCCAACUCCAACUUCACGCCCACCGCCAUCCCCAACUGGACGGCCGGCUGCCCGGGCUCCACCAGGAGCACCGCCGCCGUCAGCAGCAACACCGCCACCGUCCAGGAGGCCAUCUCCAGCGACUUCGAGAUCUCCUUCACCAACCCAAGAAGCCUCCCCGCCCCGAAAAGAAGCAGCAACUCAGGAAGUGUCUCAUGCCCCGUCUUUAUCGACUCCACCUCUCUCGCGACCUGAAUCACCCACCAAAAAGCCUGUAGAGCCCGAAACCGAAGAUUCUCGACCUACGGUUCGGGCCUUGUCUCCGACCACCGAGCAGCAGGAGCAAAGCCUAUCCGAAACGGCUGCACAGCCACCUGAGGCUGGAAACCAGACCACACAGGUCUCGGAGCCUGAAACAGUACCUGUCGAUACUGUUCGUGGCACAACUCCUACGCAAAAUCUUGUACUCGAAACGGAACCUGCUAAGGAAAUCAAAGAAGAAAAAUCUGUAACAAGCGAAGAAGAAUCGAAAAAGGAACUGCCCCCAGUACAAGAAAAGCCCCAAAUAGAUACGGAAUCAAAACAAGACGGCGAACCUUCCUCCCAGAUGGGUCAAGAAUUAAGCAUGCAAAUCUCGCAGCCCCCACAAGUAGAAGGAAAAUCGAAGGUAGAACCAGAACUAAUAGAAGAGACGCAAACUUCCCAAAUCCCGCAAGGUGAAGAAAAACCUGAAAAAAUUAUUGAAGAGAUGCCAAAUACAGAAUUGGAAGUGAUAAAAAAGAAGGAAUUGCCAAGAAGCCCCGAGUCAGAAACUGCACCUGAAGGAACUAAAAAUGAUGAGCCUAAAACAAAACCAGGGGCACAGCCAGCCGAGAAAUCAACCUUGUCUAGUGAUGAGCCGAAGGAUAGAGCUGAAAUAAAGUCAUCCAUGGCUGAACCUGAUUCCGAAGCACCCGGCCCGCAUGCAGACACAGGCGAGCCCGUGACGAAACCUAGAAGCUCCGUCAAGCAGAUAAACGUGAAUGAUUCCAAGGGAAGGGAGAGCACCAUGGGGACUAGAACUAUCCCAUGGGCUUCACCAUCCCAUGGAGACCGAGCAAGCUUUCAUAAAGAGAUCGACGAGGGUAUUUCCAAAUUGGUUCAGAAGCUGAAACUUGGGCAGUCGCAGCAGCAAGGAAGUGAGAGCGCGGUAAGCAUCAUAACCUUGGCAGGUAAGAACAACGGUGCAACCAUGUUUCUAGGACAGGAGACCACAAAGAAGGAAAGCGACCUCCACAUUAACAAGAAAGCCGAGGCCAGCAGUGGUAAUAAAGAGAUCCAGAAGCAGAUGUUGAGUCAUACAGAUAGCGAGAAUCCAGCAAUCACUGCAAGCAUUAAUAGCAAUGUGCAAGGCAUCAACAACUCGUUGCUGCAUGAGAGCUCCUGCAGCGAAGAAGAUGCAGGCGUUCACCUGGCUCUCUCUAUAAAGCCACAUCAGCCUGCCAAAUCGAAGUAAAGGGCUAUCGACAUCUAUGCAGAGCCUUCCAAAGAAGGCAUUAGCAGAGCAUGAAAAAGAGAUCAGAAAAUGUUGAUGCUGUCUUCUCAUUGUAAAUACCAGACUGCAACUAUUACAGAAAAUGUUAGGUCUGGUAUCGAGAUGGCAAAUCUUGCUCACAAGUAUAAAUUAUUUAUUCUGCUUAUUGUAAUAAUGUUGUAAAUUACGUUUCUAUACAUUAUAAAUGCAAUUCAGAUAUCUCAAUCA